AUGAAGCUGUCCAGUCGGUUGUUCGGGUCUGCUGAUGGGUGCCGGGCAAAAGCACCUUUCUUCCUCCACUCCUGCCGUCGCGCCUUUGCAGCUCCCGCAGGCGGAAGCGCAGGCCGGAGUCGAAGCAGCGUGGGUCUUGUUCUGGGGAGCAACGCGAAGUCCCUAGUCGAUAUUCCAGUCCGGCCAAAACCGAGACGGUUUUUCGAUCUAAAGACGUUUAAGCGCUUUAUCUUACGAUUCAAACAGAAAGAAGAAGAGGCUGAAGAACUUCUUCUCAAACGAACAUACACCAAACCUCUGCCCGAGGGCUGGACGGUUCUCACGUUUCUGGAGAAGAUCAAAAUCGGGGAGAACGCAGAAGAAAUUGCCGCGGCCUUCAGCUCCUGGACAGACCUCGCCAACGCCACUAUAGACGAGCUGCAAAACAUUGAAGGACUGACGAAUCAGCAGAGGAGGUCGAUCGUUAAGCACAUCCGGCUCUACAACCAUGGCUUGUGGCCGGAGAACUCGUAUGAGGAUUACAUCGACAAAUUUCAAGCGCCCCCGCUGGAGAACGAGAACAAGGAGUGGACAGAGGCAGACGACGCGCGACUCCUUGAGCUGGCGGCGCAGUACGACGUUUCCUUCGGAGACCCCUGGUUGUACAUCUCGUGGGAGAUGCAGCGCGACUUUGUCGACGUCCAGACGCGCUACGAGCAGCUUGUUACCAUUCCAAAGGUAUGA